AUGCAGGAAUGGUUGGAAGAACACAAAGAAGAGGUAGUUGAUAACAUAGUGGAAGAAGUUCUUGAUGGUGCAGGACUAGUUAAAGAAAUUGAGACAGACCAUUUGGAUGAUGAGGAUGAAAAUGAAAAUGAAGAUGAGGAUGAGGAUGUGGAUGCUGAUGAAGAUGAGGAUAACCAUAGCAGCCCUCAUUUUAUCAAAAAGGACAAUGACCCUGAUGUCGAAAUGGGUGACAAUGCAGCUUGGGGGGGGGGGGGGUUUGGAAGAAGCCAUGGAUGA